UGAAUGGAUAGACCAGGAAGGCACAAAUUAGACUAUGAGAAAACUGUACUAGAUAAUUCAUAUUUGCUAUGUGACUAUCACAUUGUCCUUUUAAAACUGAUUUAUUGGGUUUAUGAAUUAGAAUAUACUUUAUCUGGCUCCAGUGUUUAUUAAUGAAUCCUUUGACAGUAAUUUUUUUUUUUUUUUUUGUCAGAUCUAUCUUUCUUGGUUCAGGGAAACUAGCCCAUUGGAAUAUUCUCUUGUUGAAGAGCUUGCUUUUCUAUCUGGUGACAUUUAUCAUUAUCUAAGGCCAGCUGGCUGACUUCUCUUCAGUGCUCUGUUUAUGGGGUUUGAACGUCUAUAAAUGGAAACACUAGCUAACCAGAAAUUAUCUCCAGGGCUUUUUGAUAGUGUCAUGAGCUCUCACAACUUGGAAUGGCCUGCAAUAUCUAACAUAUGGAAUUUGAAAAGCAUGCAAAAGGAAACUUAUUAGAUGAGAAUGUAGAGGAGAAACCGAUGGUUUCUUCUGGUGACUCUGAAGCCAAACCUCUGAUCUUCACAUUUGUUCCCACUCUCAGAAGACUACCAACUCAUUUUCAGUUGACUGACACCUCUAAAUUUCUUGUUAAAAUUCCUGAGGAAGCAAGUGAUAAGAACCCAGAAACUGUAAAUAGGCCUAAUUCUAAUGAGUACUUGACCUUAAAUGCUGAAAGUCAAAAGGAGAGAAACCAACUGACAUUGACUUAUCCUUCAGAAAUCAGUGGAAAUAUUUCACAAGAAAAGGGACUUAAAGCAUCCCAACCUCAAGGAAUGCAGCAAAGUGACCUCUUCAAAGCGGAAUAUGUCUUUGUUGUGGACUCUGAAGGGGAAGAUGAAACUGUAAGCAGAAAAGGAGAACAAGGCCCACCAGGAGGAAUGGAUACCAAAGCUUCUAGGCCACAGUCUCUGGCAAUUUCCUCUAGUCUUGGCUCUGAUGUGAUGUGCCCCAAAUCUCGGGGUGCAGACCUCCAUGCCUCUUCGCAUGCUGAAAUUCAUCCUGGGAUAGCUCCUCAGCAAAAACAUGGGCAGUUAACUUCUCCCACUACCUCUGAGCAUCUUGCCUGUAAGCCACCUGCUUUCUCCUUUGUUUCUCCAACUAAUCAGAAAACACCACCUGACCCAGUAAACCACGAAGCGGCCUCUAUCCUAGAGGAAUUCCACACUAGGAGGCUGGAUGUCGGUGGGGCCCUGGUGGAAGAAACUGCUACGUAUUUUCAAACUUCUGCUCACUCUUCACCCUUUUAUGCACCUAAGGGCACCUUCUCAACGCUACAAAUUCCCCACUCUAUUAAGAUAUCAGGUUCUAAUUUACCCAGUCUAAGUAAAGCAGAUCAAAAGCCUGGACUAACUUUUGAAGUUCUGAAGAAGACAACAACUUUACCCCCUCAUCUCGUUAGUCCCAGUAAGAAUCUGAAAUCCUCAUCACCAUCCUCCUGUGAUUCUCUGAAAUCGGAUUCAGCUCUGUACAUACCAGUCCGUAUUGUCAUGCACUCACUUUCUCCAAGCCCCAAACCAUUUACCUCGUCCUUUCAUAGCUCAUCCUCUACUCUCUGUAGCCCAAUGUCAUCUAGUGGUAAUCUCUCAAAGUCAGGGGUGAAAUCCCUGGUGCCUUCUCGGCUGUCCCUUCUCACUGCUAUCCUCAAGUCAAACCCUUCUCAUCAAAGACCCCUCUCCCCUGCAUCCUGCCCCACAUUUUCUCUAAAUUCCCUUGCUUCUUCUACCCUCAUACUUGAUCAAAAAGUAAAGGAACCACCUAAGAAAUCUCUCUCAAGUUGCUCUCUGAGAGCUGGGUCUCCGGAGCAAGGGGACCACCGGGUUUCUGAACUUACCAAGAAGCCCUUUCACUUACCUCUCUUCAACAAAUCUGCUCCAUCUUCUGAUGCGCCUGCCUGUUCUCCCACACAACAUGUAAGAAACAACCUUUUAUCUUUGGAUGCAGACAAAAUACUGUCACCCAUUUUAAAGAGCAAUCCAACGCUCUCAUCACUACACACCAAUACAUCGAUUCCUACAGAUCUUCCUCAGGUUCAACCAAGUUUUUCUCCACUUUCUUCAAAGGUCAGACAGGAUGGUGACCUCAGGGCUUCAGAGAAGCCCAGGAACAUUUACAUAAAUCCUUGCACAUCAGCCUUCUCUGCAGAAUCUUCUGUAUCUCCUCCUACUAACCUAGAAGACAUGAGCUUUUCUCCAGAAAAAAGCUUCCAUCCUUCCCCAGCUCUUUCAAACCUGUUAAGCCGAUCCAAGAAAACAGCACCACAGCUAUCUGUCCAGGAGCAGACUCCUGCAAUUACUCCUUCACUUUCUGCUUUCAGUGCUAGUUCUGCCUCACCUCCUAAUUUGGGAUAUCCUCCCCUCCUUUGUACUAAUCUGCCUACCCAGGUGCCUACCCAGCUAAAUCCCUCAGAGCUGCGCCCAAAUUAUGGCAGUGGUAGUUUGCCUUCACGAUUUGGGAAAUCUGAUGGUUCAGUAUGUGACCACAGGUCAUCUGUUACAACCCCAUCAUUUCCCAGCGCUUUAAGGAGAACCAAGGAGCUGAUUUCCCCUUGUGCAAUGCCCAUGACAACAGGCCCUGAGAAUAAGAAACCUAAGCAAUACAAGACCAUGCCAAGCUACAAGGCUUUUGCAGCAAUCCCUACAAACAUAUUUCUUUUGGAACAGAAGGCACUAGAUGAACCAGCCAAGACUGAAAGUCUCGCCAAGGACAACACAUCAGACCCACCACUGGAGUUUUGUUCCCCUGCACAGCUCAGACAACAAACUGAAGAGCUCUGUGCUACCAUUGAUAAGGUCUUACAGGAUUCCUUGUCUAUGAAUUCUUCUGAUUCUCCUUCAAAUUGCCUACAGACAUUGCUGGGAUCUGACACAAACAAAGUGCCUACAUCUCUUCCAAGAGCAGUGGGUCGAGAAACCAAAUAUGCAAACCUCUCCUCACUAUCCUCUACAGUAUCUGAGAGUCAGCUGACCAAGCCUGGAGUAAUUCGCCCUGCACCUAUAAAGUCCAGAAUAUUAUUGAAAAAUGAAGAGGAUGUGUAUGAACCUAACCCUUUCAGUAAAUACCUAGAAGAUAAUAGUGACCUAUUUUCUGAUCAGGAUGGGACAGUCUCUCACAAACCUGUUUCUCUACAUCCUUUGUAUCAGACUAGACUCUAUCCUCCUGCUAAGUCCCUGCUGCUUCCACAGACCCUCUCACAUGCUGACAGUCUUACCCCAGGACCUUUCAGUCAUUUAUCUUCCUUCUCACUGAGUGAUGACCAGGGGAAUUCUCACACUCUGUUUAGUCACAACACUUAUAAUAAGCUGAGUCAUCCAAUGGUGGCUAUACCAGAACAUGAAAGUCUUGAUUCCAAAGAGUAAUGAAAUUGGAUGAAGUUUGAAAACACAUGCUGUACUGAAGUUUUGGAGUGCUGGUGCUAUUUGCUAGAUUUAACUUAUUUUAAUUUUUCAGCCUUAGAGCUCCCUUUAUGAACUGCUGUACAACAGUAAAAAAAAAACAACAAAAAACUGCAGGCUUAUAGCAUUGCAGUACUCCACUAACAUCCCGUAUAGGAAAAUUUACCCACAGCUUCUUGCACCACUGUUAGAGCUUUUAAUAUCUUCUAUUAACCUGGCAGCAAUUCUAAUACGCCACUAUAUUUAGCAGCCAAAUAAAGGAGAUUCAUGCGUAAAUAGAAAAGUGGUUGUGACUA